AAGACCCACAAAAUAAGAUGUGUUUGCACUUGCUCUGUCUGACCCAGGCUGCCAGCCCUGAAAUGAGGAGAAAUGUUCCCUCAGAGGGGACGGUGUCAUUUGAAGACAUUUUGUCAACUUCAUGUGGCAGGAGUGGCAGUGAAGCUCAGAGGACCCUGUACUGGGAUGUGAUGAUGGAGACCUGCAGUCACCUGGUGUCCCUAGGGCAUCGUGUUACCGAUCCUGAGGAGAGCAUCAGGUCGGAGCAGGGAUUACAGCCGUGGUCUGUGGACGAUCCCCCAAACCAGGACCUCUCAGAUGUCCAUACUGUGGAUCACCUGACUCAGAACAGCCCUGCAAAUCAGGGCAGACAUGUGUGGCAAGUUCUUACCGCCAGCAGCAAAAUACCAUCCAGAGAGAGAACUGACUUAAUGGAAAAAAGCAAUGUGGACUCAAUUCAUUGUUUGAACCAUAGUAUCAAAAAUGAAAGCAAUUCAGCAAUGAUGCCUGAGAACUUUACUAUACAUAGGACCAUGAUGAUCCCUGGUGAGCCUCAAGAAGAGCAUGCUGGAGAGAAUAAGGAGGUCUUUAGUAGAAUGAGGGAACCCAUCAAGUAUCCUGAGCACCUUAGUCACCAGGUGAUUCAGACCUUUCAACAGCCUUUUGAAUUUCGUGAACAAGGAGAAGUUGUGAGUGUAGAAACAAUAUUUACACCUAAAGGAGCCCUUCCGGAAGGGGCUGCCCGUAAAUGCAAUGAGUGCAGGGACAUCCGUGAUGAGGCACCUUUCGUUUUCCGAGACAGAACCCAAGGAGGACAGACUCCCUGCAGUUGUAAUGGAAAGGGGAGAGCUGUGGAUAUGACUCCAGUGCAUUUGAAUCCUCCUAGGUAUGUUGAACAUGAGCAGCAGGGAUGUUAUGAAAGUGGGGCCAGUCUCAGCAACACAUUUCACACCUAUCAGCGUGAGAGUACCCAGUUAGGAAAGAGUAAUUUUGGAUAUAAGAGAUAUGUUGAAGCGGCCUCUAAAACCUUUGUUCUGACUGAACAUCAGAAAACAAAAGCAGACGAUCAACCUAAUGAGUGUGGGGGCACCUCUGAGAUUUCCUUACAGAGGGGAUACCAGAGAAAUCUCACUGCAGUGAAGUUGUUUGGCUCUAACGAUUAUGUGAAAACUUACUCAUGGAAGACUGCCCUCACUUUACAUCCACAAUCUCAAACGGGAGUGAAGCGCUACCCGUGUCAGGUAUGUAAGAAAACUUUCAGGUGGAAAUCUGCUUUUAGUGUCCAUCAGAGAACUCACAUAAGGGAGAAACCCUAUGAAUGUGAGGCGUGCAGGAAAGUGUUCUCCUGUAAGUCAGUUCUUGUUCUACAUGAGAGGACUCACACUGGAGAGAAACCCUAUGAUUGUGAAGAGUGUGGGAAUGCUUUUUCCAGUAAGUCAUCUCUCAGUCACCAUCAGAGAAGUCACACUGGAGAGAAACCCUAUGAAUGUGAAGGGUGUGGGAAAGCUUUUUCCAGUAAGUCUUACCUCAGUGAGCAUCAGAGAAUUCACAGUGGAGAGACGCCUUAUGAAUGUCAAGAGUGUAGGAAGACUUUCCCCUGGAAAUCAUCCCUCAGUUACCACCAGAGAAUUCACACUGGAGAGAAACCCUAUGAUUGUGAAGGGUGUAGGAAAGCUUUUUCUAGUAAGUCACACCUCAUUAGACAUCAGAGAAGUCACACUGGAGAGAAAACCUUUGAUUGUGAAGGGUGUGGGAAAGCUUUUUCUAGUAAGCCACACCUCAUUACACAUCAGAGAAUUCAUUCAUAGUGGAGAGAAAGCCUAUGAGUGUCAAGAAUGUGGGGAGGCUUUCCGCCAGAAAUCAUCCCUCAGUAAACAUCAGAGAAGUCACAGUGGAGAGAAGCCUUAUGAGUGUCAAGAGUGUGGGAAAACUUUUUCCAGUAAGCAAGCUCUCACUGGACAUCAGAGGUGUCACUGGACAAAAUCCCUAUGAUUGUGAAGAGUGGGAAAACUUUUCAGGAAGUCAGCCGUCACUAGGCAUGACAAAAUCCACACUGGAGGGAAAUGCUAUGAAUGUCAAGAGUGCGCAGGCAGGCCUCCCCUGGUGGUGCAGGUGGUUGAGCGCAGCACUGUGAAGUUAGGGGUCUCUGCGGUGUGUGUCUUGCUGAAGUGCUUGGCCUGAGGCCUCUCCUGAGGCUCCAAGGCCUGCUGAGAUUGCCCCCGUUACUCGCCUGGAUGUCCACACCUAGCCUCGGUCUGUGGAUUUGCAGUCGUGCCCUGUGUUGGCUCCGCGGUGUCCUCUCCGCAGGGCUGGGCUCGGGGCCCGUCC